GAAAAACCACCAUUAAACGCCGUUUACUUGAAACAACGUAAUAGUUAGAUGUUUUAUUCUCGUCCAAAAUGGACGGUUUUAAGGACAUCCAAGAGUUGCUCUCUCAACCUAUUAUUAGGAACAUAGCAGAUGCAGCCCUGCAAUUCCUCCAAGGAAUUGCACAGCACUCUCAAAAUGAUAAUCCUGGCUUGGGAUUGUCUCAGCAAACACCACGAAUUUCACCUGCCCAAACUGGAGGUGAGAAUCCUGGAAUUAAUCCCAUCCAAAUGCUGGGCUCAUCUCAGCCAGGAAUUUCAACUGCCCAAACUGGAGGGGAGAAUCGUGGAAUUAACCGCAUCAACAUGGUGGGCUCAUCUCAGCCAGGAAUUUCAACUGCCCAAACUGGAGGGCAGAAUCGUGGAAUUAAUCCCAUCCAAAUGUUGGGCUCAUCUCACCCAGGAAAUUCAACUGCCCAAACUGGAGGGCAGAAUCGUGGAAUUAAUCACAUCCAAAUGCUGGGCUCAUCUCAGCCAGGAAUUUCAACUGCCCAAACUGGAGGGCAGAAUCGUGGAAUUAAUCCCAUCCACAUGCUGGGCUCAUCUCACCCAGGAAUUUCACAACCAGUUAUUAGAGAUCCUAUUCAGCAGCAGAUAUCUUUUCAACCAAUAUAUCGUUUUCAGCAGGACGGUCAGGAUUCUCAUCUUACAUGUACUGUUGAUUCACUUGGUGGUGUAGCGUCCUUACAAGACAUUUGGACCUCGCAUGCAUUAGUACAACAAGGUUCUGUGCCCACAUUGCCAGUGAUGCACCAACAACUUGUUGAAGAGAUUCCAAGCAGUGGAGCAAUCAAUUCAACACCUCAGCAGUCCUUGAUAGAAUUUUCCCUCCCAAUAUGUUCUUCAAUCAACCCAACGGCAACAGAUAUCUGUGAACGUUUUGGGCACAAUGUAUAUGCUAUUUGUAACGAUCAAAUAAGUGAUCAUCGUGGACAAUUUCCGACAUUAAGCAUUGAUUUUUCCAAUUCCUUUACUGCCGAAUUGAAACAGCAAUAUUCCGAUGAGUUUUCGAUAGAAAUGUUGUGUGAUCUUCUUGAUAAAGGUUACAAUGUUCCAAAAAUCUCCAAGUUACUGAAUAUUGAACGAUGGAGGAUCAAAUAUCACAUGAAAAAGGCAGGAUUAAAGUCACGUCAAUUUUCCAACAUCUCCAACCAGGAAUUGGACUGCAUAGUAAGCGAAAUAGUUCGGAUGUUUCCAAACUCUGGUUUCAAAAACUUUAUAGGUCAAUACAAUAGUCGAGGCCCUAAAGUUAGUCGGGAACGACUGAGGGAAUCCUUCUGCAGAGUUAAGGAAUUCAGGAUGGAUCCACCGAGAAGAACGAUAAAGAGACGAGUGUACAAUGUUAAAGGACCGCUUUCCUUGUGGCACGUCGAUAGUCAUCACAAACUAUCUAGAUGGAAAUUUUAUGUACAAGGAUGUGUUGAUGGAUUCUCCAGGUUAAUGGUCGUAUUAAACCUGGCAUCCAACAACCGAGCAGAAACUACACUGCGCCAAUUUCUUAUCGCUGUUGCGAAAUGGGGUUUACCGUUGAGGGUUAGGUCAGACCACGGAACAGAAAACUACGGUGUAUGCGACUUCAUGUUGGUGGCCAGAUCGGAGGUUUCCAAUCCAUUUAUCGCCGGUACGUCAGUUCAUAAUCAGCGAGUGGAACGUUCAUGGCGAGAUGUAUUUGAAACCGCGUUGGAGCCCUUUCAUGCUAUGUUUUAUGCAUGGGAGGGCAACGGACAUUUAAAUCCGUCCAACAUGAUCGAUCUGGUUUCCCUUCACAUCUCAUGUAAACCCCUCUUAAUAAAAACAAUUGAAUGUUUUGCCCACGGAUGGAACAACCACCCUCUUAGCACGGAACAUAAUGAAACUCCCACACGACUUUUCCACGGAAAGUUGAUUGAAUUUUGGAAUGCUGAAGGCGACGAUUGUGAUCUCUUACGACAAGACGUUGCAAAGAUGGAAGAGGCCUUAUGUCAGCUACCUUCCUACCCUCACGAUGACUACGAUAUUGAAGAUUUCUUAACGAAGGAUGAAAUUCAAAGUUUGAAUGUAAACGGGAGUCUAGUUACCCUCGAGAACGCAUUUCAAGUCUACAUGUAUGUGAGAACAGCUGUAGAAAAUAUCAUUCGUCUCCGAUAGGUUAUAUUUGCUAUAUUUCUACGCCAUUUAAUCGCAGAAAUACAUUCCUAUUACGAGCAAA